UAGACAUGCUCUUAAUAUUGGCCUCUUCCAUGGUUAUAUGCUUCCACGGUGGGUGGCUUGCAUGCAAAGAGCAAAAUGACUUUUCAUUCCUGACCUCUCAGUUUUCUUCAUCAGAUGAAACAACCAGCAAAACCACCAUGGCUCAAAUCCUAUUAGCAGCUGCCCUCGGCAUCGUCGUUGCUGCUGCGAUGCAUUAUCGCCAACGAAAGACAAAGCAUGAGAAGAUCAUCCCACGCUUGAGGGUCUCGGAUUCCAGCCGCGUUCAUAAGAUUGAGAGGUUCCCCCAUUAUGUAGCUCGGCAGCUGGGAUUUCAUGAUAGAAGAGAAUGUCCAAACCUCUGCAAAUUGGCCACCGAAUACAUGAGAAAAUGCGACGGCUUUGAGGAUGAUAUCUACAGUUUCUUCUCUAGUGAACCGGAUGCGGAUUCGCUGUUUGUGAAGCUUCUGGAGGAGUUCGAGAGAUGCAUCCUCAGUUAUUUCGCAUUUCAUUGGAAUGAAGCUGAUCUGAUGAUUAGUCAGGUUUAAGAUCACAAAGUCUAAAACGAUUAAAAUUACAAAAGAUAGAUGAAAAUGCUUAUGAUACAUCUGCUAUGCAGAAUCAUAUACGAUGCAGAAAAUCCUAAGGUUGUUGAAUUUCAGGUCUUGAGUUGCGAUACUGAUCAGCCGAGGAAGAAGCUCAAGAACAUUGUCAUGGCAGCGACCAGGGAACAGAGAUUCGAGAGGGUGACAAAAAAUUUGAAGGUGGCUAGAGUUUUUACAACGUUACUGGAGGAGAUGAAAGCAAUGGGACUGGCCCAGGCGGAUGACUCAACAUGUACAGAGGUGAUGGCUCCGGUGGCUCAUGCUGAUAGAAGUCCAGUCCUCCUCUUCAUGGGAGGUGGAAUGGGAGCUGGGAAGAGCACUGUACUAAAGGACAUUCUCAAAGAGCCAUUCUGGGCUGGAGCAGCAGGGAAUGCAGUAGUGAUCGAAGCAGAUGCGUUCAAAGAAUCUGAUGUCAUAUACAGAGCUCUCAGCUCUAGAGGGCAUCACGAUAUGCUUCAAACAGCUGAACUGGUGCACCAAUCAUCUACAGACGCUGCAUCAUCUCUCCUGGUGACAGCACUUAAUGAAGGGCGAGAUGUGAUCAUGGAUGGCACACUCUCUUGGGUACCAUUUGUUGUUCAGACUGUAACAAUGGCCAGAAAUGUCCACCGCCGUCGUUAUCGCAUGGGAGCUGGUUACAGGGUAAAUGAUGAUGGAACUGUCACUGAAAACUACUGGGAACGAAUCGAAGAUGAAGAACCAGAACACGUGGAAGGAAGAAAGAGAAAACCAUACAGGAUAGAGCUGGUUGGAGUUGUGUGUGAUGCUUAUCUGGCUGUUAUAAGAGGAAUAAGGAGAUCUAUCGUGUGCAGAAGAGCUGUUCGAGUAAACUCACAAUUGAAAUCCCACAAGAGAUUUUCAGAGGCUUUUAAAACAUACUGCCAGAUAGUUGACAAUGCUAGACUGUAUAGCACUAAUACGUUGGAAGGACCACCUAAGUUGAUAGGUUGGAAAGACAAAGACAAGACCUUGCUGGUUGAUCCCGAUGAAAUUGAUUGCUUAAAAAGGGUGGCAAGAUUAAAUGACAGGGCGACUUCCAUAUAUGAACUUUACAAGCACCCAAACCCCGCUUGUCAAAAGGGGUCCGUUUGGAAGGACAUUGUUUUAUCACCUUCAAGGGUAAACAUUCAACAGGAGCUGAAGUACUCUAUCCAGAAAGUAGAAAGGUUGAAACAAUAGAGCAACAGUGCCGGCCAUGGCUCAGAAGAUGGAGACAGAAUGAAGCAUCAAAAGCUUUCAGUGGAGUUAA